UAGUCGGUGCUAUAGGCACACGACACAUUGCUCGAUCGACUACUCACUUCUUGAGAACAAUCUGCUCAAUUGUGUUAACCAAGAUUUGGGUCUCUCUGAUUGGCUCUACCUCGAGCUUCAGUAACCUCGCGAACGUCUCACAUAUCAAGGGAUCUUUCAUCGGCCCAAAACCCACCUCCAUAGGCAUUAUAAUGAACUCCGACGACCUAAUGUCUGACCCUGCUCACCCGGCCAACCAUUCCUCAGAUUCCAAGGGAGGGGUCUGGAACACCAAAAAGUUUCGCGAUGAGUACGAGAUGUACAAAAAUAGGCUCCAAGACCAGAGGUUCAGUGUCGCCGAGUACCCUGACCCGCUCUCACCGCGGCCGCCUCACCCGAAGCAGUAUCCCUCGGGAACAAGCCCGGAGCUGGAGAGGAAACUGCAGGAGCUGAUCGCUCAAGUAAAGGCCGGAAGAGGGGUUUCUGGUAGCAGUGCUGCUUGAAUAAGUUGCUCCAGACGUAGCAUGAGAUCCCGCAGAUUCGUUUGUACGUUGUUAUUGGAAGGUCUAUGGCGGGUUUUGG